UCAUUAAUAAUACGAGAUUUAAGCAUGCGAUUAGAUAUAGCGAAAACCUGACCACGGUCGCACUAGAAAACAAAAUAAUAAAAUUUGAUAAACCUAUAUAUAUUGGAUUUGCUGUACUUGACAUUUCCAAGACGAUGAUGUACGAUUAUCAUUAUAAUGUUAUGAAGAAACAUUAUAAUGAUAAUAUCGAACUUAUGUAUACUGAUACUGAUUCGUUGGUAUAUCUUAUUAAAACUGAGGACUUUUAUGCAGACUUGGCUGCUAAUGCUAACCUACUGGACCGGAUGGACACUGCUAACCUGCCCAGUAACCAUCCGUGUUAUGUGGCAGGAAGGAAGAAGACCCCGAGGUUCUUCUCCGAUGAGGUAAACGGAAAUGUUAUUAGCGACUUCUGUGCGUUGAGAGCAAAAUCCUACGCUUUCAACGUACAUACUGGACCGGUGGACAGACUUGGUGGUGAAAAGAUCAAGGCGAAGGGGAUAAGAGGUCAUGUGGUUAAAAACCACAUGACUCUUGAGGAUCAUAGGAAGUGUCUGUUUGAUGAAGAAGGAGUAGAAUUGUAUAGGGAAAACAUAUCAAUACGGCCAUUCAACCACCAACUAAUGACGAUUAAGACCAAGAAGCUGACCUAUAACAGCUAUGACGACAAGAGGGUGGUGCUAGAAGAUAAAGUGCACACAUUAGCGCAUGGCCAUUAUAGUAUAGAGGAAGAAGAUUGGCCUGAAUUAGAUGAAGAAGGACAGAACUGGAAUGAGGGAGAGAAAGGUUUAAUGAGGGACCUUCUACACUGCAUAACAUAA